GCCCCCUUUCUCUCUCUCUCUAAAAACAUCAACAAAACACAUAUUCUUGGGGGAGGACUUAAAAAAAAUGUGGGCAGCUAUUUGCUUGAACUGCUGAUAAUUUACUGCUGAUAUUUGACAUUUUGGAACUAUGAAAGUGGUAAUCUACGAUUCAACUUGAAUAAUACAGAGUUUUACACAAGGAAGUCUGCAGGGAGCCUGACCUCAAGUGAUCUCCGAUAAGCCUCAUCCUCAGGGUGUGUUCUUCCUCUCUGCUAUUCCUUCCUCUCCUCGGCCUGGCACCAGCUGCCCUCCUGACCCCUCUGCCAUUCAUUGUGUCUCUGGAACUUUCCCAUCUCUCCUCACCAAGUUCCGUUGCCAUUAGCCAGCCAACAGCCUCAGGCUUCGGAACCUCUGUAAGUCGGGUGACCCCUCUGCCUCCUCCUCAGCCACCCACUCCCAGAGCCGCACCCUGGUUUUGCUGCCCUCUGCAGUCUUCAGUUCUGACUGUGACCUGCGUCUUACUGGUACCCCUGACCGUCUGAUCACUGUCUGCCCUGCAGAACCCGGCUCCGAGUCAGUGCCGCAGCCCCUUUUAUGCUGCAUGCCGGGGACAGAGUGACGGCCUUCUGGUCUUGGUGUCAUCCAUCACCCCGAGCCCUGGCAUUUGCAUCAAGUGUGGGCUUGGUAUCUACGGAGCAAGGCAAGCGUGCCAGGCAAUGGGGAGCCUGUAUCACACAGAUUGCUUCACCUGUGACUCCUGUGGGAGACGACUUCGUGGGAAGGCAUUCUACAACGUGGGCGAGAAAGUGUACUGCCAGGAGGACUUCCUGUACUCCGGGUUCCAGCAGACGGCUGACAAGUGCAGUGUGUGUGGACACCUCAUCAUGGAGAUGUGCCUCCCGCCCCCAGAUCCUCCAGGCCCUUGGGAAGUCCUAUCACCCAGGCUGCUUCCGGUGCUCCGUGUGCAAUGAGUGCCUCGACGGGGUGCCUUUCACCGUGGACCUGGACAACAACAUCUACUGUGUCCGAGACUAUCACACAGUUUUUGCACCGAAAUGUGCCUCCUGUGCUCGUCCUAUUCUCCCUGCACAGGGCUGUGAGACAACCAUCCGUGUGGUGUCCAUGGACAGAGACUACCACGUGGAAUGUUACCACUGUGAGGACUGCGGGCUUCAGCUGAGCGGGGAGGACGGACGCCGCUGCUACCCGCUGGAGGGCCACCUGCUCUGUCGCCGCUGCCACCUCAGGCGCCUGCGGCCUGGCCCGCUUCCCUCAUCUGCUGUGCACAUCACGGAGCUCUGAGCAGGGGCAGGCGGGAUGGGUGACCCAGGAUUGGAGUUUUGCCGCAGGGUAGUGCAGCCUCCUGCCUCCGACACCCCCCACCCCCCAGUUGCCACCAAGCUGCUGUCCAAGGGGCCGGCCCCUACGAAGCUACUUCUAUUUAUUCACCGUCUGGGCUGCCUCCGGCCNCCCCCCCCACCCGAGGGGCAGGCUCCCAGACUGCCGGGGCGCGGGGUACCCUGCUGCAGCCAGUUUCCUGCUCCAAAGGGGCCAGGGCCUCCUCCCCGAGUGCUCGGCUGGGUGCGGGCAGGUGGCGGCUGGCCCAGGGGCGUGCGUUUGUGUCUCGCACACCAGUGUGCACCUCGUUGGGGGGGCUGUCAUGGGACGGUGUGGGGCCUGCAAAGGAGCCCUCCGGCCACUUGGAUUCCAGUGGGUGUUUUCAGCCACAAUCCCACCCCGGUCUCCCCAUCCCUAGCUCCUGGCUUGGGGAUUCCCCCCACACCCCCAUUCUUUCAGCCUCGGGAAAAGAACCUCCUGGCGUGGAUUCCAGCCCCGCUCCGGUGGCAGAGAGCGCCUGCUGCAGGAAAGCACUGUUUCGGGCUCCAGGACUAACGCAUAUGAUUUGACUUAAAUUAAGUUUUUCCUUUGAGAAUAUUUUCAUUUUCUUUAAAAGAAUAUAGUUUUCUUCUAAAACUUGGCCCACGGUUGUUAUUUUUAGGGAAGUUCUAAGAAACUCACAAAUGUCCAUUUGUAUGCCAUCUUUUCAGGUGGUAAAAGCAUUGUAGUUUAACUAUUUUUGUAUAAAUGCCUCUAAAAAUCUCAACAUAUGUGUUUGCUUCUCAGACUUUAGAAUAGUGUGGGGUUAAGAGUGGUGACCUAACAAAAUGUGGCUUGAAUGUAAAUUAAAUUUUCUUCUUUGAAAGACA